CUCUGCACGCUCUGGACUCCACCGGCGGGGAAGUUAGCAAACCAGUUCAGCCCAACUUUCAACCAAAAACUGCGAUUCAGUAAGGUCGGAGAUGGCUCUCACACAAGUGUCCUCCAACAAGUGCGCAGGCGGCUUCCAGAAGGUUUUCGAACACGAGAGCACCGAGCUCAAGUGUAAGAUGAAGUUUGCCGUCUACCUGCCUCCCAAAGCCGACACCGACAAGUGUCCCGUCAUGUACUGGCUGUCUGGUCUGACGUGCACGGAGCAAAACUUCAUCACCAAAGCCGGCAGUCAGAUCCCUGCUGCGGAGCACGGCAUCAUCAUCGUCGCUCCGGACACCAGCCCACGCGGCUGCAACAUCGAGGGGGAGGAUGAGAACUGGGAUUUCGGCACCGGAGCUGGUUUCUACGUCGACGCCACGCAGGAUCCCUGGAAGACCAACUACCGCAUGUACUCGUACAUCACCGAGGAGCUCCCCAAACUGGUCGACGCUAACUUCCCCACCGACCCGGACCGCGUGUCCAUCAGCGGUCACUCCAUGGGCGGACACGGGGCGCUCAUCUGUGCCCUGAAGAACCCUGGGAAAUACAAGGCUGUUUCUGCGUUCGCUCCCAUCUGUAACCCGAUGCAGUGUCCCUGGGGACAGAAGGCCUUCUCAGGAUACCUGGGCUCCGACAGGUCCACCUGGGAGGCGUACGAUGCCACCGUGCUGGCGGCGGCGUACUCCGGCCCUCAGCUGGACAUCCUGAUCGAUCAGGGCCGUGACGAUCAGUUCCUGUCAGCCAGCCAGCUGCUGCCCGACAACCUGAUCGCCGUCUGCUCCAAGAAGAAGAUCCCCGUCGUCUUCAGACUGCAGCCGGUCAGUUCCUCCGCUCUCGCUCUGACACUCACGCAGCGCCGCUCACUGUCCACAUCUGAUCCCAAACCGGGACCUCAGACCCUCGCUGUGGUACCACAGGAGCCAGAGCGUGUUAAGAUGAGGGCUUUAGGACCCCACGACUGUAGGACGUUUGUCGGGUUUUAG